AUGACGGCCGAGGCCAUCUCCGGGUCCGGCUCUGGGCCCGCAUCCGGCUCGUCCCAGCCUCUCCGGCUGGUCAUCCUCGAGGCCGACACGCCGCAGCCAAACACAAAGGCCAAGUAUGGCGGCUUCAGCGGCGUCUUCACCGCGCUGUUGACGGCGGGGGCGGAGGCCAUGGAUCCGCCGCGCCAGCUGUCCGAGGUGGCCACGGUCACGGCGCACAACAUUGUCGACGACAUGGACUCGUACCCGCCGCUGGACGAGGUCGACGCCAUUCUCAUCACCGGCUCGCGUCACACGGCAUACGAGGACGACCCCUGGAUUCUCAAGCUGGUGGAGUACACCAGGCAGGCCAUUGACACCGGCCGCAUCAGAGUCGUGGGCGUGUGCUUUGGCCACCAAAUCAUUGGCAGGGCCAUGGGCGCGCGCCUCGGCAGGAGUGAUAAGGGCUGGGAGGUUGCCGUCACCGAGGUUGACCUGACCGACAAGGGCAAGGACAUUUUCAAGCUCGACAAGAUGCGCAUCCAUCAAAUGCACCGUGAUGUUGUUCUAGAAUUCCCCAAGGAUUCCAUCCCUCUCGGCGGCAAUGACAUGUGCCCAGUCCAAGCCAUGUACAGCCCUGGUCGGUACAUCUCCGUCCAGGGCCACCCCGAGUUCACCGGAGAAAUCAUCUCCGAGAUCCUCACCAACCGACACAAAGCCGGCAUCUUUGCCGACGAUGUCUACAACGAGGCCAUGAAGCGCGCGCCUAACGAUCACGACGGUGUUGUCAUUGCAAAGGCCUUUCUCAACUUUAUGAAGCACGGUUAAAGCGCCUUGACGAAGCAGGGUACCUCGAGAUGAGGAAGAUGAGAUCCAAAGGCACGCUUAUGCCAGGGCUAGUGCAACGGCUUAAUGUCCAUAUUCAUGGGAGUGGUUAGAAUCAGGGCUGGCAAGGUUAUGUCAAAGGUACUUGUUAUGCACUUUCUUUGCUUGCAGUAGUUUAUAGACGAAUCACAUUUGCCAAAGUGCGGUGAGAUCUGACCUGCAG